AUGUCGAGGAAUGUGCACCGGCACACGCUAUUGUUUUUGUUGCUGCUCAGCGGCGUCGCCGCGACCGCCACCAAGUUGUGCGCGCUGCAGCCGUGGAUGUUGCAUUGCCGGAAUCGGGUCUACUUUGUCGCCUACGACCACGCGCAGCCAGGCACACCGGGUAAGGAGAGGGUCAAUUUUAACAAUUUUAAUUAAAAAAUAAUUUUUGGCCAUCAAAUUUGAGGUUUUUUCGCAUUGUGGACGAAAUGUCAAAAUCAAUAAUUUCGAUUUGACAUUUCGCCCCCAAUUUGAUUGAAAUUUGGGACAAUUCCUUUAAAUUACAUGUAAAUUAGAUAUUAAACUCUUUUUUUACAAUACGUAAAAUGUCAAAAAUUUUUGUAACGAAAUGUCAAAAUCAAUAAUUUCAGUUUGACAUUUCGCCUCCAAUUUCUUCAAAAUUUGGGACAAUUUCUUUAAAUUACAUGUAAAUUAAAUAUUAAAUUUUUUUUGUCAUACGUCAUAAUGUCAAAAAUUUUUGUAACGAAAUGUCAAAAUUUAAAUUUUUAACAUUUCGUCACAAAUUUUAAAUUUUAGCAAACGUCUAUGGGUUUGAUUUUUUUUCCAAUUUUCAACUCAUUUUUAACCACUUUUCUCAACAAAAAAUCUCAAAUUUUCCGAAACCCCCCUUUGCACUGCGCAGGUUUAAAAACUUCAUUUUGCACAGUGCAUUUUUCAAAAUUCUCCUCGCUCUCUAUCAAAUUCACACUGUAAAUAUUUUUGACACAUCUCAUGGUAAUUUUGCAUGGUAAAAAGUCCAGCCGCACCGUGCAAAAACCCCACCUUUCUUCUGCACCGUGCAAAAAUUUAAACUUGUCUUUUCGCACCGUGCAGCUGUGUUGCGACAAACUUUUCUCCAAAGAAAUUUUGCACAGUGCAAUCAGUGAGUUUUGCACAGUGCAAAUUUUUCAUUUUUACACCGCACUGUGCGAAAAAAAUAAAUCAAUUUUUUGCACUGUGCGGUAAUUUUUUUUUUUGAAUUUCAUGCAGAUUAUGGUAAUUUCGUAUUUUAAAAAAGUAAAAAAAAAAAUUUGUAAGUCCUUUUUAGCCAAUGCCAUUCAAAAUUUUUGUGUUUUUUUGCUGAUUUCUCAAUUUUUUUUUUCCAAUGACUUAUAAUCCUAUUGUGAUGGCCCAAGCUAAACCCCAAACUUUCCAUAGCACUCAUAUAUCAUGUUUACUAACCUUUUUCGACUAUUAUGACCAAUGUUUGCCCUCAAAUCGGCUUUCUUUUCCAAUUAUUUAUAUUACACUAGGCAAAUUGAAUCAAAAAUCGUCAAAAUGUUGUCACUACUACUAUUCAACCACCCUAAUUAGGAAGUAUAUAGGCUCUUACAACUUUACGAACUUUUAUGAACACCAAUAAGUAGGGCAAACUCAAUUAUAUUACUUUAUUUUUCCUAAUCCACCAAGUCUAAUAUAAUUGCCAAAAAGUAUUAUUAAUCGUACGAAAACUUUGUAAAAAUAGAGGUGACCAUCUUUUUUGGACCUUGUAGACUCUGUAGAGGCUAUUUUUGGCCCACUUGCAGGUACUUGCCCUCCGGGGACAGCUGUUUUCCCAAAACUGCAGAACCCCAUUCGUAAAGGUUUUCGAAUACAAAUUGGGUGCGGAAUUGCCGAAAAUAGCCGAACAGGGAGAGUUUCCGCCGCACUAAGCUGUUGUUUCCGCUUCGUAAUAACAGUUGCGUAUUUUAUGAGGUGUUUUUUGGACCUAAUGUCAUGGAUAAUAUAAAAAUGUCCUAGAAAAUGGGCAAAAACAAUUCAAUAACACUUUUCGACGUAUUUUACAACCAAUAAUACCAUUUGUCACCAUUCCGCACCAUUUUCCCGGCUCUUGCGACGCCUAAAACAGAAUGCCAAAAAUGGCGGGAAAUUUGAAUUUUUGAAUUUUUCACUCAAUUCUACUUGUAAAUUUAUAGUUUAUAUAGCUAAUAGCGACUUUAACUUCAAUUUAAACAGCAUUUCUGGCUAAUUUUUUUUUGAAAAUUCAAAUUUCCCGCCAUUUUUGGCAUUCUGGGAAAUUUGAAUUUUUCAAAUUUUUCACUCAAUUCUACUUGUAAAUUUAGACUUUAUAUAGCUAAUAACGACUCUAACUUCAAUUUAACGCGCAUUUCUGGCUAAUUUUUUUUGAAAAUUCGAAUUUCCCGCCUUUUUUGGCAUUCUGUUAUACCUGCCGUUUUCAAGUCCAAACUGAAAAUGACCUUCAGUAAGUCAUUUUGACGUCUCAAUAAGCUCUAAUUUACAUAUUAAACCCAAUUUUACAAUGUUUUUCCGCCCUCUCCAUGGCCUUUUAUUUCAAAGACCACUGUUUUAACCCCGCUAAUUCCCCGACUUUGCAUUGCUCUUUGUCCUUUUGUCCUCCCUACUAUAGUGGCCACUCUAAUCUGGACAGGUACGUUUCGAAAUUCCAGGAAUGGAAGUUUUCUCCGCCAAAAUUAGCCGCCGAAGCCAUGAAUACUAGUCGCGACAUAAAGUCCUGACACAUUUUGCACCGUGCGAAAGUUCGGGGUUUGGACGUCGCACCGUUCAUUCUUCUUUCAUUUCAUCCGCACUGUGCAUCUUUUCGCAUUUGUCGCCGCGAUUUCCCCUUUUUGCACUAGCGACGUGCAAAACCCGAACUUUCGCACCGUGCAUUCUUCAUUCAUUUCGCAUUUGUCGCCGCGAUUUCCCGUUUUUGCGCUAGCGACGUGCACGCGACAAACCCGAAUUUGGGGGCGCGACGUCCAAAUCCCGAACUUUCGCACGGUGCAAAAUGUGUCAGGACUUUAUGGCGCGACUAGUAGGCAUUGUUUGCGUGGCCUGUUGGUGUCUAAUGACGCCGACUUGCGAUUAUUGGAACUAUUAUAUUCCGAGUACGGGGAAUUCCGUAAAAACGCAUGUUUUGGAGCCUAAUCCGACAAUUUUUAUAGGCGUUGCACUGUGCAAUCAAAUUAUUUUGGAUAAAAAUAGCGGAAAUGAAGAGAUUUUUUUGGGAAAAGAUGUUGGAUAUCGUAUUUUACCAACAAAAUUUUUAUUUUUAUUCAAUUUCAUACUAGCUAAUUGCCGCCUGCACUGUGCAAAACUCACUUUUAAAAAUUUCGCACAGUGCAAUCCAAAUUUCUUUCAAAAAACCGGCGACAAAAGGAAAAUUUUUGAAAAAUUGAAAUGCUAUCGUAUUUUAGGAACAUCUAUUUGUUAUUUUUCAAAUUUCAAACAAAUUCGGUGAUUGCACUGUGCAAAACCUUUAUUUUUUAAUUUUUGCACAGUGCAAUCCAAAUUUCUUUCAAAAAUCGGUGAGGGAAAGAAAAUUUUUUAAAAAUUGAAAUUCUAUCGUAUUUUAGGAGUCUUUUUUUCCAAUCGUCUUAUUUUUUACAAUUUUUCAACCCACUGCACUGUGCAAAAUCCUCUUUUUUAAUUUCUGCACUGUGCAAUCCAAAUUUCAUUCAAAAAAUCGGCAAGGGAAGGAAAAUUUUUGGAAAAUUAAAAUGCUAUCGUAUUUUAAGAGCCAUUCUAUCCAAUCUUUUUGUUUUUUAAAAUUUCAUACCCCACUGCAUCGUGCAAAAUCAUCAAUUUUAUUUUCUGCACUGUGCAAUCCAAAUUUCUUUCAAAAAAUCGGCGAGGAAAGGAAAAUUUUCAAAAUAUGGAAAUGCUAUCGUAUUUUAGAAGCCAUUCUCUUCAAUCUGUUUAUUUUUCAACUCUUCACAACCCACUGCACCGUGCGAAAUCCUCAAUUUUAAUUUCUGCACUGUGCAAACUUCCUCAAUUUUCUUUUGGCUCUCUCUUUUCCAAUUUCUUGACCAUUACAGCUCACAUAAAAGUUAAAGUACCAAAAAAGGUCUUCUGCUUACCCUUUUAUUGUUCGGCGGUCAUAAGACUUGGGUAUUAAUGGACUUCCGGGAAGGAGUUCCGAGACAUUCAAAAAUUAAUUGCACCACAAAAAUUAUUAGCGCUCUUUUUGAGACGUUUUGGAUGUUUAUAGAUCAAGAAAAACUUUUGAAAAAAAGAAAAAAAAUUUUUUAAUUUUGAAAUUUUUUAUUGUUUUUCUGCAUAACGCGAUUUAAAAAUUCGAAAAAAAUGCAAUGAAAAAAUCAAGAAAAAAAUUUUGGGCAAAUUUUUCGGCAUUUUUUUGAGUUUUUUCGAAAUUUUUCCGUAUAACGCGAUUUUUCUGCAUAACGCGAUUUUCAAAAAAUUUCAAAAAUUGUCUAUUAAAUUAAAUUCUAAUUUUUAUUCAUUUAUCCAUUCAUAAUUUGAAAAAAAGCGAAAAUUUUUUGUUUCUGCACAACGCGAUUUUCUAAAAAACCCCUCUUUUUUGAGUCUAAAGUAAUUUCUAAGGUAAUCUACGACAAUUUUCGUCAUUUUUAUUGACUUUAAAAACCAAUUUUACCUCUACUUUUUACAUAUACAUAUACUUUGUUACAACUUUUUUAUCGUCUGACAAACCCCACAAAAUCAACGCAAAAAUGCAAUUAGUCCGUAACAGAAUUACCAAACAAUAUUUCUGAACACAAUUUGAUUCCAUUCUUUUUCCAGGUUUCCACGCCAAACUCGCUCCGAUGCUCCGGCUCCGGCGCUCCGAACACGCGCAGACCGCCGACAAGAAGGCCGAAAAGUACGACUUUAUCCGGUUCGGGCGGCGGAAGCGACGAUGA